CUACAAGUUAAAACAUCCCCAUUUUGGAUGUCAUUCUCACUUCCCAUGUACAUACCUGCAUUGUCCAUGUACCUUUAAAACAUGGAAUGCCCUUAUUGUCCAUCAACAUAAAUUCCACAGCACAGGGGAUGACUUUGAAGUCUGCAACCCACUUGGUACCUCACAAAAGCAACACAAGCUUUGUGCCAUUUAUUGGGUUUUGGCAAACUUGCCUCCAGGAUCUCAGUCCUCCCUAUCAUCCAUCUACUUGUCAGUGCUGUGCAAAACCACAGAUAUUAAAACCUAUGGUUAUGACAAAAUAUUGGAACCUCUUCUACAAGAUCUGAAAAAUCCUGAGGAACAUGGUGUUUUUGUUCCACUGUUAGGAGAGUCGGUUAAAGGUACGGUCUUAAGUGUAGCUGCAGACAACCUUGGAGCACACAGUGUUGCAGGAUUUCAACAAAGUUUUUCUGUAGAACACUAUUGCAGAUUUUGCAUAGGGAACAGUAGUGAUAUUCAGCUGUAUUCUGUUGCAUCUGGUGUUUUCCCGCUGAGAAACAAGGAGCUUCACCAGGUCCAUGUCAAACAAGCUCAAGACACGGGUACAAGUUGUCGUGGAGUUAAAAGAGAAUGUGUCUUCUCAAAAAAUCUGUCCCACUUUCAUGUCAUAUUUGGUUAUCUGCCUGAUCUUGCCCACGAUGUUUUUGAGGGUAUAAUCCCAGUAGAGUUGGCACAUUGCUUGACAGUGCUUGUAUCAAAGAAGUUUUUCACGUUAGCUGACUUAAACAAUGCGAUUCUGAAGUUCCCCUAUCAAUGGGCAGAUAAGACAAGCAGGCCUCAUGUAGUGUCACAAACUUUCUCUAGCACAAAAACGGUUGGAGGAAAUGCACACGAAAACUGGAGCUUGCUCCGGUUCUUGCCUUUUUUAGUUGGAUCACUUGUGCCUGAGGAUGAGCCUGCAUGGCUUGUUCUCAUGGAUCUGAAGGAUAUCACAGAACUUGUUGUCUCCCCUGUGUAUAGCAAUGACUCACUGGCUUUUUUGGAAAGCAAAACCAUAGAGCAUAGACAGAGAUAUCAGGCACUGUUCCCUGACGUCAAGCUACUACCCAAACACCAUUAUUUGGAGCAUUAUCCCCAGAUGAUUAGGUUUUUUGGUCCACUUGUUGAGCAUUGGACAAUGCGUUUUGAGGCUAAGCAUAGUUUUUUUAAGCAGGUCAUCAGACACACAAGCUGCUUCAACAAUGUACCUCUCUCAUUAGCCUUAAAGCAUCAGAUGAUGAUUGCUUACCAUCUGAGCUCCCCAUCUCUUGGCAAGUCUGAACUAGAGGUCUCAACUGUAACAACAUUUCCAGUCGAUUUGCUUAAAGAAGAGAUAGCUCAAGUCAUUAGGCAUAGAUUCCCUGACAAAGUAGAGGUUGACCUUGCACAGUGUGUGACAAUAAAGGGUAUAACCUACAGGAAGAGAAUGGUACUGGCCCACAAGGCAGUAGGUGGAUUGCCAGGAUUCUGUGAAAUAAACCACAUCUGCAUUGUAAACCACAGCAUAUUCUACAUUGUCAGAGAGCUUGGUGGCUGGUACAGAGAGCAUUACAGAGCUUUUGAGCUCAACCCAGUAUCCGCAAGAAUGUUCACGCUUCUUUCACUCAGUGAACUCCUCGAUACUUAUCUGCUGGUUGACUACAAGAUUGGAUCAGUCCGCAUGGUGACUUUAAAAAGGCAUAUAGAAAUACAAGAGUAACUGCUUAAAAUGGGAACUCCAAUGAUCCUAAAGAUUGUCUUGACGGAUGGAACAUGUCAAAGGCUCACUCUCUCCAAUGCACUUCCUGAAUCAAUUAAGGAUCUCAUUGGUGAAGUCAAGACACAGUGUGGUCUUCAGGGCAAUAUCAGACUUCAGUUUAUGGACUCCUUGUUUGGGAACGAGUUCCUUAACCUUACCUCACUUUCAGAAGUAGCAGACAAAGGGACUCUCAAAGUCAUCGACAUGUCAAUGCCCACUACUAUGCUACAUGGGGAUUAUAUUGUUCUUGAUCUUGUCCAAGACUCCGAAGUCCCCAGUGCUUCCUCUGUUAACCACUCCCUUCUGUCUGAUGGAUCUGUGGACAUAGAUGUGUUGUCAUCAAAUGAGUCAACAAGCUCACGGUCUUCUUGGCCUCCUGUCUUUUAUGUGCCCAAGUUUCCCUACGAUGCGGAAUUAAAACUUGAGAAGGCAAGUAUGGCAUACAAUCAGAAUGGAACUGUACUUAUUCCAGAUCCGAAGUGGAAGUCAACCAUCCUUGAUGGUUUGGUGCAGGAAAUUGUCCAGUACAAAGUGUAUGUCAGUGAUAAAGAAAUGGAUCAAGUUGCUCAGAGUCUGAUCAAGAAGCAUCCCUGUCUAACUGAGAGAGGCUCCACCACUGGAUGUGGAGGAUGGAAGACCAGCUUGAAAUAUAAACUUGCCAACUAUCGAACCCAGCUACGAAAACUGGGGUGCCCAGAGGUGACUGUUAACUUCUUUAAAGAACAAACCUGUUGGAAGAUGCAGCGCAGCCUUUGGUGUCAAAAAAGCAAAGAGGGCAGAAGUAAACUUUUGCCCAAUAUACCCAUCAGAAGAAACUGAGGAAAGUCUAGAGGUGAUGUGGAACGCUUUACUCUUGGACUUAAAGAAGAGGAACAACAGAGAGUUGGUGAAACUAAAGAUGGAAAAAACAUUUGCAUACAGAAGACAUGAAAUUGUUCGUGAUGCACCAAUGGUGGAGGCUUUAAUGGCAAGAUGGCCUGCUCUAUUUGACAUCCGUGAGAUCAAUGCUGAGUUUAAGAGAAUUACCACCAUCCCACUUCAGUCAACGUUCUUAUCUCAGCUGGACCACCAUUUUAACAACCUGAUGAAGCUGUUCAAAAGAAGAGGAGGACAGUUUGGACAAAAGUUGAAACAAAUUGUGGCACAAAUGGAUGAUUGUGAAGAUGUUGAUACAGGACGAGUGUGUGUCAUUAAGAGAGUGUCCAUCUACAUGGGAGAAGAUUCCGACCACCUCAUCCGAGAAUAUGUGGGUAUGGAUGAAGCUGCCAUCAAUGAGGCCAUUGAAGACAGCACUGUUGGAACUUAUCUUAUCAAGGAAGAAGCUUCAGCACAUGCACAAGAGGUUGGAGUUGUUCUUGAAGGCAUCAGGGUGAUGACUAACUUCGAUAAUAUAGCAUUUGCUGUGGUAAUGCUAUUUGGACUAAUAUAUGUGCUGAAUCUUGCAUAUCCUGCUGACCUUUGCUACACUUUUGAGGUGUUCCAGAAGAUUUUUAUGGAACUGGAUGGAGGUAAACUCUCCAACAAGGCGCUAGCUCUCAAAAACCGCCUCUUUGAAUGA